UCAAAUAGGAAUAGGGUACCUGAAGUUGCUGCUAUUUGUCAACAAGAAAAGUCAAAUAGGAAUAGGGUAUCUGAAGUUGCUGAAGUACACCAAACAAAGGAUACUAGUGAAAAGCUGGGUGAGUUUGCUUUAGAUGAAAGUGAGGAUGAGGAGUAUGAACCAUCUGGUGAAUCUUCAAGUAAUGAUGGUUUGUCUGAUGAAGAUUUAGGGACAGAUGAUGAGGAGUAUCUUCAUCAGGCUAGGAGAGAAGCUUUGAACUCCAGACAGUCAACAGAUGAUGGAGAUGCAAACAUGUCAUUUGCACAACCAUCUUCACAUCAUGAGGCUGAUGACAAAAAUAUACCUGCAAGAGAUAAUGAGUCAGAAUAUGAAGAUUCUGAAGGGAAUGUCAACACUGAUUCAUCUAGUGGUGAGGGUCUUGGUGAUGAUGAUGAUGAAGCAAGGCCUAAGAAGAAAAAAAUAGUUUAUGAUGGAAAAGGAGAUCUGCAGACCUUCCAAUUUCAGCUUGGGAUGAGAUUUGAAACCAUUGGGCAAUGUAGGAAGGCAGUUCAGAAUUAUGCAAUUUAUAAUGGCUGCAACAUAAGUUUUGUCAGAAGUAGUUCAAGUCAGAUUGAAGCUAGGUGUGAAGUUGGUUGUCCAUGGAGGCUUUAUGCUAGUCUGAUAAAAGGUCAAGGUAGUGUGGUUGUGAAGACCUUUGUUAGUAGCCACAGCUGCCAUAGGGACUUGAACACUAAACAAGCAACUGUUUCUUGGGUUGCUGGGGAAUAUCUACCUAUGAUUAGAAAGAAGCCUAAGAUGAAAAUUUCUGACUUAGAGGAUUCUAUCAGUGAAAAAUAUGGUGUGCAACCCUCUAGGUGGAAACUGUACAAAGCAAAAACUAAGGCUCUUAAACUGCUUAGAGGUACAGAGGAGGAGCACUAUGGAAAACUUAGGAGGUACAUUGCAGAGCUUCAAAGGGUUGAUAGAAAUGGCACAUUUCAGCUGAAAUUGGAGAGUGGCAGUGUAUUCAAAUGUUUUUAUGUUGGUUUUAGUGCACUAAGACAAGGUUUCUUGCAAGGUUGUAGGCCAAUUAUUGGCCUUGAUGGGGCUUUCUUGAAGACCUUUUUAGGAGGUGUAUUAUUGUGUGCUGUUGGCAAGGAUGGGAACAACCAGAUAUUUCCUUUGGCAUGGGCAGUUGUGGAUUCUGAGAAUGAGAGCAAUUGGAAAUGGUUUCUAGUCAUACUUUUUCAAGAUUUGGGGAUAUCAGAUGGACUUGGAUGGACAUUUAUCAGUGAUCAGCAAAAG